AUGUCGCCGUACAUGAGCCUCGAAACGUGGCAUGAUUUUGACGGUAAAAAACUGACGCAACUGGCUCUCCUCACCGGUGUGGCAUUGUUGUGGUGUCACAGUAUUGGCGUGCUUCUGUAUAGCCUCUUUUUCUCACCGUUGCGGCGCAUUCCUGGUCCCUUCUUGGCCCGGGCCACACGCUGGUGGGAAUACAUAAAGGUGGUAAAUGGUGAUUCACAUCGGGAGUAUGUUCGGCUUCAUGAGAAAUAUGGCCCAAUCGUUCGGAUUGGACCAAACCGGUACAGCUUCACUUUACCACAAGCCGUGAAGAAGAUUUAUGAACUGGGUGGGAAGUUCGAAAAGAGCCAGUACUACUCGCCACUGCUGAGCCCGGACCCUGCUACACAACACAUCUUCCCGAUGCUGGAUAAUGAGCGGCACAAGGAUAGGCGGAGAAAGAUUUCUGCUCUUUAUACCAUGUCCACGAUGGUUUCGUAUGAAAAUGCGGUCGACAAGUUGAAUGAAGUGUGUAUUCGGAAGAUACAUCAAUUCGCGGAGGAGCGUCGCCUGAUCGAUAUCCCCCACUGGAUGCAGUAUUACGCGUUUGAUGUUAUUGGCGAAAUCACAUUUAAUGAGAGCUUCAAGAUGAUGGAAAAUGAGGGAGACACGACGGGAAUGAUCUCAGGUAUUCGUGAAGCCAACGAUUUUCUAGCCUAUGCUGGAGUCGUCCCAAACGUUCUCCCAUGGUUUGCUCGGUUGGCCACCCUCCUAGGCAAGACGUCAAAUGCUCGGAUGAUUGUUGGCUACACCUGGAAGCAGAUCAAUAAGUAUCGUGACAUGAACGUGCAUUCUACCAAAGAGACGAAGAAAUACGACACGUUCUUGAAUAAGGUUCUCACCAUGGAAGCUGCAGGCUCUAUCGGAAAUCCCAAUAUUUUGGAUGCCUGUUCAAGCAACAUCACGGCUGGAUCUGACACCACUGCGAUUAGUUUAAGCUCAUGCCUGUACUACCUUUACACAAAUCCAGACAAGCUCAAGAAACUGCGAGAUGAGAUUGACACUAUGGCAGCUGAUGGUCGUAUCUCUGACCCAGUCACAUUUCGGGAAGCCCAAGGUAUGACCUACCUGCAGGCUGUGAUCAAGGAAGCACUCCGUCUUCAUCCGGCCGUGGGUACCAUGUUGGCUCGUGUUGUGCCAAAAGGGGGCAUGGAGCUGGAAGGCCAUUACUUCCCAGAAGGGACUGAAGUUGGAGCAAAUGCAUGGCCGUUGCAUUACAAUAAGGACAUCUACGGACCAGAUCCGCAGGCCUUUCGUCCGGAACGUUGGAUUGGUGAUGAAAAGACUUCCCUCAUGGAGUCGAUGAUGUUUGCGUUUGGAGGUGGCUCUCGGACUUGUCUCGGCAGGAAUAUUAGCUUGCUGGAGAUGACAAAGGUGAUACCACAGCUGGUGCGUAAGUUUGACAUCGUACUCGAUAAAAAUGACGAGUCGAUGGAAACUCAAUGUGCUUGGUUUGUGUAUACCCACUAUAAGGGGCGGUUCAAAGCGAGAGAGUGA